CUGCCAUGUUGUCGCAAACUGUCCCACAUUUUAUUGGGGCGUGCUUUACGAAAAAAAUAGGUCAGACUCGGGGAGGAGUCGGGGUUUGUGAUGGGUGAAAGGGAAAAGUUCAGAGGUCACAAUUUUGUUGUCUUUGUGUAAAGGAGUGGAGCUCGAUCUCACAUCACUCUUCCCUCUUCCCCGAGUCCUUUCUAAACUCUCCCCCGGGUUUCUACCCUCCCGAACCUCUCCCCUUCUACCCUUACAACCCCAACCCUCCCCCCGAUCACCUAUCAGCGCACGAGUCAGAUCCAUCUCAGUGACCAAAGACCUCAGUUCUGUACUGACCUGCAGUUGCAGUCAUGGACUCCGGUGUGAUUGAAGGCGGGCUCAAUGUCACCCUUACCAUUAGGCUGCUCAUGCAUGGCAAGGAAGUUGGAAGCAUUAUCGGGAAGAAAGGUGAAUCUGUGAAGAAGAUGAGAGAAGAGAGCGGAGCUCGCAUCAACAUCUCAGAGGGCAAUUGUCCUGAGAGGAUCAUUACAUUGGCAGGUCCAACCACUGCCAUAUUUAAAGCAUUCUCCAUGAUCAUUGAAAAGUUGGAAGAGGAUAUCAGCAGCUCGAUGACAAACAGCACAGCUACCAGCAAGCCCCCGGUCACCCUACGCAUUGUGGUGCCUGCCAGCCAGUGUGGCUCGCUUAUUGGAAAAGGUGGAUGCAAGAUCAAGGAAAUUCGAGAGUCAACCGGUGCUCAGGUACAAGUGGCUGGAGACAUGCUCCCCAACUCCACGGAGCGUGCCAUCACCAUUGCUGGCACUCCCCAGUCGAUAAUUGAGUGCGUCAAGCAGAUCUGUGUGGUCAUGCUUGAGUCUCCCCCUAAGGGGGUCACUAUCCCCUACAGACCCAAGCCUUCAGGAUCACCCGUCAUCUUUGCAGGCGGACAGUCUUCCUCUGCUGCUAUCUCUCCACAGCUCACCAAGCUUCACCAGCUGGCUAUGCAGCAGAGCCCGUUCCCCAUUGCACCGAGCAACCAGGGAUUCACUGGGAUGGAUGCUUCUGCUCAAACCAGUUCCCAUGAGAUGACCAUUCCAAAUGAUCUUAUUGGGUGCAUCAUUGGCCGCCAGGGAGCCAAGAUCAACGAGAUCAGGCAAAUGUCAGGUGCCCAGAUCAAGAUUGCAAAUCCAGUGGAUGGAUCGACCGACCGCCAGGUUACCAUCACAGGCUCGCCUGCCAGCAUUAGUCUGGCGGAGUACCUCAUCAACGCCAGGCUUUCCUCUGAGGCCACUGGACUGGCAGCCAACUGAUAAGACACUGCAUCUGCACUAAAUCUCACUUUUAUAUCAUCGGCUAUGAUUAAGCAGUCAAUGCAACUAUCCAAGUUAAGAGUUUAUAUAUUAUACUGCCUCUUCCUCAUUUAAAAAAAACAAAAGCAAAAAAAAUUAUGUCAACCGCCACUGAUUUGAUCCGCUGAGUUCAUUAUUUAUUUUCUUUGUUUUGGUUUUAGUCAUACAAAGCAAAUGAUUAGGUUUUAAAUUCCCUUUUUGGAGUCCAGUCAGAGGUUUUAAUGAUUUGUUGUUUAGGCAUUUUUCUUUUCUUGAUGGAUAUCUCGCUCUUUCCAUUUCUUUCUUUGCCAUCAGAGACAUGAGUUGGAAAAACUCUGAAUAGACAUAGAUUUAGUUCUGUACAGUCAGCUUUUUUUUUUCUUUAAAAAGGAAAAGACAAAAAAGGAAAAAUAAAAAAGUAUCAAAAAUAAGAAUAGAGUGACUGUUUUAUUCUGUGUUUAUAUACGCCCCACUCCUUUUUUUAAAAAUUGUUUUUCUCCUCCCCUCUCUGAGAUCCACCUGUCAGUUUGUCCAUUUAAUACCUGUACUUACUUGCUUCAGAUAUACACAGCAUUCUCCCCCUUUGUCACCGUUUCAAUUGAAGUGCUUGUAACAUGGAUUGCACUUGUGUCACUGACGAGAACACGUAGCUGUACAUGCACCGUCACAAAUUAUAUUUGGUUAUUUAGUAAAUGUUCUAACACUCAGAUGAAUUUAUCCAGAUAAUUUAAAGUGUGUAUGACUCCGCAUGUCAUGUUUCUUCCCUUUACAUGUCAUUCCUAAACCUUCCCGCUCCUGUCCUGAGAUCAUGUGUUGAUAUUCUGCUGGGAUGGGAGGUUUUGUUUUGUUUUUUGGGGAUUUGGGGUCGGCUUUAGGGAUUGGAAGCAGAGGGUUCUCCUCGCUUUUUUUGUAAAGACUGAUUAUAUACUAAAAGUUGGAAUAUUUGUUUUAAAUGGAGGAAAUAUUUUUUUUCUUAACUACCAAAGUAG